AUGUCAGCUAUCCAGAACGUCGCCAUCAUCGGCGGCAAUGGUACAUUGGGCAAGCCCGUACUCGAAGAACUCAAGAAGUCCGAAUUCAACAUUUACGUGAUCAACCGCCAAACCUCGAAAUCAGUAUACCCCCGAACGCAAGUCAUCACAGUACCAGACGACCUAAAUGUGGACACCGUCGCCAAAGAAUUUCAAGACAAGCAGAUCGAUGCACUCGUCAUCACCAUUGCAGGAAGCCAAGUUGAGCAGCAACGAAAGCUUAUCGAUGCUGCCUUCAAGGGUGGCGUGAAGCGAGUGCUUCCUGCCGACUUCGGCAGCUGCGACUCUGCAGAUGAGAAGACAAAUCAGAUUUUGCCGCUGAUGAAGGGCAAGGAGGGCAUUCGCAAUUACUUGAUCGAGCUGGAGAAGAAGGAGCGGGACAGUGGCAGGGGAAAGCUGACGUGGACGAGUCUUAUCAACGCACAUUUUUUCGACUGGGGUCUCGGCAAUGGGCUGCUAAAGUUCGAUGUUCGGGGGCGCAAAGCGUACCUACUAGAUGGUGGUAACAUCAAGUUCUCUGCAUCGACGCUGCCAUUCAUUGGGCAGGCAGUUGUCAAGAUCCUAGAGAAGCCACAAGAGACGGAGAACAAGCUGCUCUAUGUGCACAGCUUGUACAUCACACAACUGGAAGUUCUUGCUGCGCUGGAGGAGGUAACUGGUGAUACGUUCGAGAGGAUUGAUGAGGAUAGUGAAGCAGAGCUCAAGAAGGUUAGGCCAAAGAUGUUGGAAGGCGACCACGAUGCGCGGGAGGAGGUAGUCGCUAUCUGGGGUGUGGUCGCAGCGGACUGGAAGAAGAGGGAGACUUUCGCAAAUAGCCUGCUGGGCCUGAAAGAGGAGGAUCUUCAUGAGGUGGUGCGGCGAGUGGUGAAUGAUCUGUAG